UUUAGUAUUUUAUAUUGGAACUACUGUACAUCGAACAGCAUAUAUAUAAAUAAUAUUUUUAAGAAUACAAUAUCUUGUGGACAGAUACUUUGGAUUUACUUUGAAACGAUACGGGGUUCUGACAUGAACGGAAUGCUUUGAUGUGUUGAUUUAUAAAAAGGGACUACGAGUAUUAAACAGUGCUUGUUUCAUUGAGAGAGACAUUGCUAUUAAAUUAUUUAAAAAAUGGAAGUUUCAAGCAAUUAUUCUUCAAUCAGUAAUGGUACAGUCAAUAAUCAAUCAAGUUCGUAUAAUUGGCUGCCGACGUACCAGCCGAUACUGUAUGCAACUUUAUUGUCUCCAAUUAUAGUUUUUGGAAUUGUGGGAAAUGUGUUAUCUAUUUUGGUAUGGAAUAAAGGAAAGCGACGUAUGAAGACCACUUCGCGAUACAUGUCGGCUCUGGCUGUGGCUGACAUUCUAGUUUUAUCGUUAGCGGCCAGUGAAACAUGGUUGUGGAAUGUGCUUGAAAUUAGACUUCGAGAUUAUUCCCUUGCGCUGUGUGGUGCUUUGUCGUACUGUCAAUGUGUACCGAGAGUGAUCUCGGCAUGGAUAUUGGUCGUCGCAGCAGUCGAGCGAGCAAUGGGGGUGUUGAUGCCACAUCGCGCCAGAUUAACAUGUCGUCCGAACAUAGCCGUUAUAAUAAUCGGUCUCGUUUGUGGGCUCCUCUCAUGUGCAUAUUUUCCAUUUUACAUCGAUAUAAAUAUAUACCAUUAUAACGGAACAGGAGGAACAGAAUACACAUUGUGUCGUUAUCAACAUACUUUCUCAGAUAUUAGCAUAUUUGAUUUGUGCAUGUUUUUUGUUGGCCCGUUCAGCAUUAUAAUUAUAUGUAAUGUUUUGAUUCUUAUCAAUAUCAUUAAAAGAAAGCAAGCAAUUAAAGAUUUUGGAAGUCAAACAACAGGUAAUAGAGGAAAUCAACACAUGCUUAAAACUGUAACAUUGCGAGUAAUUAUAUUGAGCCUCACGUACUGCUUGUGCAUAGCUCCCGGUCAAAUAUAUUGGGUUGUUAAUAAUACUUUAGACAGUUCGUUUUCGGUUGUUUUGUAUGAUGUUUUCAAUAUUCUUAUGUAUUUGAACAACGGGGUGAAUUUUAUUCUAUACUGUAUGCUAGGAUCAGGAUUUAGGAAGGACUUAGUAGAAAUGUUUAAAUGCAGACGUGGAACCUAAAAUAAUUGAUAAGCUCUUUCCUCCAUUAAUUGACUGAUACACGAAGACAACACGGCGUAUCGCAUCAGUAUUUGUAUAGAAAGACCGGAGUUAACGUUUAUGUUAAGGCACAUGCAUUCGCGUGGUUCACUAAGGUAAAUUUGUCAUAAAUCGAUGAAAAUUUAAUUGAAUUUCGAAUUAUAAAUUUAUUUAUUUUUUAUUCCUUUUGGAUGCAAUAUUUUUAGACGCAAAUGUAAAUUACAAAUGUAUGUUAAUGAAGUCUCAAACCAAUAAAAUGUGUGUGUCCUAUGAUUUAUUUUUGGUUUUGGCUUAUUAAAAAAAAGUAAACAAGAUGCAUUUUUGCUUAAUUAAGCUAUGAACAUUAAGGGUUCGGACUUCAGAGGAAGACUGAUUUGGGCAAUAUUGUUGAUUUAGUGUAAUAUAUAAUUUUUUCAUGGAUGUUUAUAUAAAAGAAAUUUUAACGAUAAUCAUGCGAUUGAUAUAUACAUUGCUCAGACUGUCAAUGAGUGUCGGAUCAGUUCGAGUAUUUUGACGUCAUUUUAUUUAUACAACGUCAAACGAUCACAAAAAAGUCUCUCACAACAAAUGCGUGACAAUGGAGCUAAUAUUCUUGCAUCAUUGUCGCUUUAUUUUUGUUUUUAUUUGAUUUAUUUCUAUUGUUAAACAUGUCAAAUGUUAUACUAAAAACGAAGUUAUUUACUUUUUCUUAAGAUAGAUAAAAAAAACUAGUCCCACAGAACAUGGCACAAAUCCAUAGUGAAAUGAUCAAAUAUUAAACUUUAUAAUGUCAUUCGAGCUUGAGUGAAAUGAUAUAGCCAUCAUUCGAUGUGAUUCUGAACUCAUUCAAGACUUAACAUGAAAAACUGAUUUGCAUAUAUUAUUUAUCAUUUUUCGAUCUUCUUCGAUAGCAACGUUGUUGUUAAAUAAAUGGUGAUCACACGCACAAAUGCAAACUUGAAUAUGAUAUUGGAGUGUACUUUAAUAAACACUAUUUGUGUAACGUUGUGAACCUUUAAUUUAAUAUAUAA